GAAAGUAUUCGGCCGAACUGGCGGUUCGAACCGCAUAGGCAAGUGGCCCAACACAACCAAAACUAAACUAAACACAUCGCGGCCGUCUUCUUCGAUUGAACAAUCGUCAUCGUUGUCUGAUUUGGCGAACAACCUCUUCCGCUUAAAAUCGGCUUCAAAUUUCAGGUAAAAUUUCAUGGAUGCAGAUGUGAAGAACAUCAAGAAAUGGGUUGUCUUUUACCCAAUUUACAUAAAUGCAAAGAAAACUCUUGCUGAAGGUCGAAGAAUCAAUGCCAGCAAAGCAUGUGAAAACCCUACUUGUACCGAGAUUUACGAUUGCUGUGCUCACCUGAAGCUCCCGUGUGCAAUUGAGAGCGAGAAGGCAUAUCCCCGAGAUUUUAUGCAAAGAGGGAGAGUGAGGGUUUUGUUGAAUAGGGAAGAUGGGAGUCUCUACAACCCUGCCAUAUCUUCAAGGAAGCAGCUAAUGCUUCAUGUUGCAGAGUUGGUGCCUCGACACCCUGGACGAACCAAGAAGCAGGAACCCCCCUCCACCUCGACAACUGGUGGCUCCAAAUCUGGGAAGGGCGGCAAGAAGAAGCGGUAGUUGAAGGCUUUUCAAACCGAUCUACCUCACCGCAACAGCCCAGAAUGAUCAGCUAUCUUGGUUUGCAAGAUUGACUUAACUCUGUAUUUCAAUCUUUCUCCUGCCCUAUUCUUGGAUAGGUUGGUUACUCGGACAAUUCUUUACUUGGGAUAUAACUACAAACAUUCUCUGUUGUGCUGAAGUCCCUGAAUUUUGAAUCAUGAAUUUGUGAAAAAUGGAUAAUUUAUUAUAUCUAACUUUGUUAUUACAA